CAUUUCAUACUUCCAGUCAGACAUUUCACACUUCCAGUCAGACAUUUCAUACUUCCAGUCAGACAUUUCAUACUUCCACAUAUUGUCAGACAUUUCAUACUUCCAGUCAGAUAUUUCACACUUCCAGUCAAACAUUUCAUACUUCCAGUCAGACAUUUCAUACUUCCAGUCAGACAUUUCAUACUUCCACAUAUUGUCAGACAUUUCAUACUUCCAGUCAGAUAUUUCAUACUUCCAGUCAAACAUUUCAUACUUCCAGUCAGACAUUUCAUACUUCCAGUCAGACAUUUCAUACUACCACAUAUUGUCAGACAUUUCAGACAUUUCAUACUUCCAGUAAGACAUUUUAUAGUUCCUGUCAGACAUUUCAUUGUUCGAGUCAGACAUUUUAUAGUUCCAGUCAGACAUUUUAUAGUUUCAGCCAGACAGUUUAGAGUUCGUAUCAGAGUUUCCAACAAAUAUUUUGGCUGA